GGAAGACGCGUGCCGUGUGCCGUCUUUGGUUGUGUACCAUUACAUCUGUACUGCAAAUGACUUUUCUUUCUAUUGCCUUGCGAAUCAGCCUUCAAUGCGUUCUUUCCUUAUUACAGCCUUGAGCAUCGUAUGUGUUUGUCUAGCAUGUAUCGUGUACGUUGAAACCGUUGGUUCUCGGUUAGACUGCACCGCAUUGUAUUGCCCGGCGCCGCCGUUGUGCGACCAGGCAACACGCACGUUCUCUCAGCGGGUGGUGUGCGGCCUUGGAAAAAGCCCCCUCAAGCCGGGUUCGAAAGAGUUCCGCGCCUAUGUUGUGACACGGCUGCAUGGCUUUGUGAAGGAGUCCCUCAAAGGGCAGCUGAUGGCACCCGCCGUGGUGGAGAUGGUGGAGUACAAGCUGCACCACCCUUAUGAGCCGAUGGUGCUGCACUUUGCAGGGGACAACGGCGUGGGCAAGACGCGACUGGCAGAGCUGAUCUCCCUAGCGUACGGACAGCGCUGCGGGGAUGAGCUCUGCACCGUGGGCGACUCCACGCUGGUGCUCUCCGGUACCGGGUACGACGGACUGUCCACGGCGGAGUUCCGCAAGGCGGUAGUAGAGCUCGUGACGCGGCACGCCAGGCGCCACCCGCGUGACGGCGUCGUCGUCAUUAACGAACUCUCCUCCUUGGAGCCGGGCAAGGUACGGGUGUUGCUGCCGCUGUUGGGGCGCGCGAGCGAGUUCCCGGAGCACUUCGACGUGAAGAUUUCAACGCAGCUGGUUGUGCUGACGACCGACUUUGGUCGUGAGGGACGCACACGUGGUAAGGGUUUGUCAGAGAUGCGGAGUUUCAUCAACAGCGAGUUCACCGACUUGUACAGCGCACAAUUCGCGUCGCACGUGCGCACCCUCCCGUUUCUGCCCAUUUCGCUUGACACCGCCGGCGAGAUUGUACGCGUAGUGGCGAAGGAGAUUGGGUGCUCCGCCACGCCGCCCGUGCGUCUCGCCAUCACCGACACCGCCGUGCUGUGGUUGGUGGAGAAGACGAAAGGGUCGUUGGCGGUGGAGAACGGGCGUGCCGUCGCGCAGGAGACGAAGCUGCACGUGGGCUCCCUCAUGGAACGUCUGCAGGCGGACGAGGCGUCGCACCCGUCCAGCAAAACCCUCCGGCCGCGGGACGGCGCUGCGAAUUGCAGCGUGCCCGCGUGCAACAUCUACGUGGACGACGGCGGUCAGAUUGGUCUCGCGUGCUGA